ACCUACCAACUCUAAGCCAUUUAGCACUUCCGGCCCGCCCUUCUCCCCGCGCCUUCCUUUUCUAACUUCCGGUUUGCCCCACGCGUGGACGCCCUCCUUCCUGGGCGCGACUAUCUCCAGGCAUGUGCCACCGCCCACUAAAGUAUUGGGACCCUCGUAGCCUGGCGUGCUUCACCCGACGUCUCCUUCUGACCCUUUGGGCCGCCAAGGGACGCGGGCGAGGGCCUUUUACCUGGCUGCCCUGGCUUCGCCUUCCACCCAGAACUGGCCGGACAAGAUGGCCGCCGCCGGGGAGCGCCCUAGCGCGGCGCGCCGCGGGGCUGUCUGGGAGUUGUAGUCCAGACCGCUGCGCUGACGCAUUUCGCCGCGGGCCGACGGGCGCCAUUGUGCGCCGCGCGCGGGACUGUGCCCACUCCCACGAGACAGGUUGAGGAGGAGGAAGGUAUGGCCUCCGGGCUUCCGACGGCCUGGUUCCGUGCGGAGGCAUAAGCACUGACAUCCGUGUUGAAAUCCCCAGGAGAGUAAGAAACGGAGGGGCUUUCAGAAACCGAAGAACCCUGUUCAGCCUCACGUGGUGUCCUCCUUGGUGUGACCUGAUAGGGUGAAGCUUGGGUUUGCUCAGUUUCAGACAAAUGCAGGAACACAUGAGACGCCUGGAACGUUCUCAGGCCGUGUUGUAGCCUGCCUUCAUGUGCUCACUCAGUCUCCCUACUGUCAGUGUGAGUGGCGACAGACCUUGGCUGAACAGAACCUGUGGGUUUUAGGAACCAGUGACCUUUGAAGAUGUGACCCUGGGUUUUGCCCCGGAGGAGUGGGGACUGCUGGACCUUGAACACAAGUCCCUGUACAGGGAGGUGAUGCUGGAGAACUACAGAAACCUGGUCUCAGUGGAACAUCAGCUUUCCAAGCCAGAUGUGGUAUCUCAGUUAGAGGAGGAGGAGGAGCUGUGGUCGGUGGAGAGAGGAAUUCUUCAAGACACCUUUUCAGGCUGUCCUGAGGCUCAGUUGGACCCUGAAUUGGACACUCUUCCUGCUGGGGAUCCCCUGACGAAUAUCACGGUCGUCGAAGUCCUCACACUGAACCAGGAGGUGGCUCGUUCCCGGAACGCCCAGAUCCGGGCCCUCUAUGCUGAAGAUGAGGGCCUAAGCCCAGAGGUCCUCAGGGAGCCAAGUCAGCCGCUGGGCAGGUAUCCGGCUGACCCCGAGGCCGCUCGCCAGAGGUUCCGGGGGUUCCGCUUAGAAGAGGCGGCGGGGCCCCGCGAGGCCCUGGCCCAGCUGCGUGAGCUGUGUCGCCAGUGGCUGCGGCCCGAGGCGCACUCCAAGGAGCAGGUGCUGGAGAUGCUGGUGCUGGAGCAGUUCCUGGGUGCGCUGCCCGGGAAGCUCCGGGUAUGGGUGCAGUCCCAGCACCCGGAGGACUGCCAGGAGGCUGUGGCACUGGUGGAGGACGUGACCUGGAUGUCUGAGGAAGAAGCAUCAGCCACCCAGGAGCCCACCUGCUCCCUGGAGAUCCCAGCGCAGCAGAAGGAAAAGGAGGAGGAGACCUCCAGGCCAGUGAAGGUGCUGCCUGAGGAACCAGUGACCUUUCUGGAUGUGGCCGUGGACUUCAGCACGGAAGAGUGGGGGCUGCUGGAUACAACACAACGAACGGAGUACCACGACGUGAUGCUGGAGACCUUCGGCCACCUGGUGUCCGUGGGGUGGGAGACGACUGUGGAAAGCAAACCAGUAACCCCGCCAUCUGCCGCUCCUGAGGAAGGAUCCACCCGGGACCCUAAAAUGGAAGAACCCUCGGGGGCCCUGGCCAGGCCCUCCACCUCCGGGGAAGGCGUGCCAGGGGCGGGCCCAGGAGUACUAGGCAGGGCCCUGAAGCCGGCGGGGCCGACGCCCCGGAAAAGCCUCCCUGCGAAGCAGCGCACCGGGAGCCCCCCACCCCGCGCAGACAGCGGUCCCCACACGAGCCGCGUUUCCCAGCAGAAAACGCGCCCCAGGAAGCGCCUGCGCAGGCGGGGCUCGGGGCUCAGAAAGGGGCCGCGCGAUGCACGUGUGCAGGUCCCUCGGCAGAGCCGCCGCGGGGACCGGCCGGCGGGUGGCCGUGGCUGUGGGCGAGGCCCCGGCCGCAGCAGCCAGCAGGUCACGUUCACGCGCAUCCACAAGGGCAGCCAGGUGUGCCGGUGCAGCGCGUGCGGCAAGACGUUCCGCAACCCCCGGUACUUCUCCGUGCACAAGAAAAUCCACACGGGGGAGAAGCCCUAUGUGUGCCAGGACUGCGGGAAGGCGUUCAUCCAGAGCUCCUCCCUCACGCAGCACCAGAGAAUCCACACGGGCGAGAGGCCCUUCCAGUGUCGCGAGUGCGGCCGGACUUUCAAUGACCGCUCGGCCAUCUCCCAGCACCUGAGGACGCACACCGGCGCCAAGCCCUACCAGUGCCAGGUGUGCAGGAAGGCCUUCCGCCAGAGCUCGCACCUCGUGCGGCACCAGAGGACGCACACCGGGGAGCGGCCCUACGCGUGCGGCAAGUGCGGCAAGGCCUUCACCCAGAGCUCGCACCUCAUAGGCCACCAGAAGACGCACAGCGCGGCCAAGCGCCGGAAGAGACCCCCGCCGCACAGCCCGCAAGGCCGCUGAAAGAGACCCCGCCUCGGCGCGGUGGGGAAUCGGGACUGAACAGGGAGCGCCGGGUGACGAUGUCCUCGGGACCAAAGGACCGCCAGGGACACUCUCCUGCACACGGAAGAAGAAUGCUGGGGGUUGUUGCUAAUGAAUGUAACGUUGGAAGAACAUUUACUUUUUCACUCAGUUGAUUUCCUAUUACCAUUUGUUCAUUUGGUCAUUAAAAGUGGGAUUAGUGAAACCCAGGAAAAUGCUUAUAGUUACGUUUAAAAAGCCACGUGCCAAAAAGUAUGUGCACUGAUAUUUGUAGUAUUUAUGUAUAUGGACAAGGACUAGAAAACAAGAUGGAUAAAUAAACUAUAUAUUUCUGUGAUAGAA